AAUGAAAUGAAAAAUAAUGUGAAAGCGCUUUAAUCUUUUCCAUCUCUUCGCGAGAUCUCUCUCUCUCCCCUUUCCGACUUCCAUAGCAGCGAUCGCAGCGGGGACGAGAGAGAGAGAGAGAGUAGAUGGGGGUUUUGUCCAACAAGAUCGAGAGGAAGGAGUUGAUACCCGGCGAUCACAUCUACACAUGGCGAUCCGCUUACCUCUACUCCCAUCACGGGAUAUUCGCCGGAGAUGACAUGGUCAUUCACUUCACGAGAGCAGCAGGCCAGGAAACUGGAACAGGAACCUUUUUGGACCGAAUUAUGUUCAGUUCCUCUCCAUCUCCUACUGGAAGGAAUUUGUGUGAACGUUGUGGUGAUCAGAGCAGGCUCCACGGAGUAAUCAUGUCCUGCCUUGAUUGCUUUCUUUCCGGAGGCAAUCUCUAUCUGUUUUGUUAUGCAGUCACCCCGGUUUUCUUUUUCACCAAAGCGCGAGGGGGAACCUGCACACUUGCUCACUCAGAUUCUCCUGAUGCUGUCCUCUACCGAGCGAGAUUUCUACACGACAACAAUGGUUUUGGCAUGUACAACAUCUUCAAAAACAACUGCGAGGACUUUGCGAUAUAUUGCAAAACAGGCUUGCUUGUGGAAACAACCUUCAGCGUAGGAAGGAGUGGGCAAAUAUCGUCCUUGACAGCUGCCUUGUCUGCCAUUGCCUCCUCCCCUCUUCGCUUCUUGACGACAACCCCUGUCGGAUUGGUGGCGGUUUCUGGUACCAUGUAUUGCGUUGGCCGUUAUGUAUCUGAUAUUGGAAUCAGACGCGAUGCCAAGGAGAUCAAUGUGGAAACUCUGGUUGCACAAAUGCACACCGGUGAGGUACCUGAGACGACAGGAGCUGCUGGUGUGAACCCCAACUAAACACAAGCGUCGACUUGAUUACAAAAGUCUCAUGUUGAUUCAACUAUUUUGAUUCAGAGACCUAUUACUUUUGAAUGCGCUACUGACAAACUUUGCUUGAUGAAAAGCGUGGUAAAAUUAUAUGUUUGAAAUC